AACUUGUCGCUCAGUUCUCAAUAAAUCGUGGCUGAAAAAUGUUAGGACAGAGAGUGAAGCUACAGCAGCUAAUACGGGCUAUACCAAUAGAACAGCGUAAGCAAACAUAUGCUGUGAGUAAUGCUUUAAACGUUGCGGAAAAUGAGGCACCCGUGGGGAAGCCGAUUGGAUGGGACCAGGCGCGGCCAUACACUGAUAUACCCAAGGUUUCGCUGUUUCACUUUUUACGCCACUUGAUGCCCGGCGGAAAGUACCAUAAGAUGCAAUAUCCAGAUAUUAUGUUGGAUAUGCGUCGCCAGCAUGGUCCUCUUUUCAGAUUACCGGCUUUGGGACAAGAUGAUAUUCUUGUAACGAACGAUCCUCAUCAUUUUGAACAAGUUCUACGGGUUGAAGGACCCUGGCCGGAACGCCCAGGGAAUAACGUAUUGCACCAUUUCCGAACAGUGACUCGGAAGGAAUUCUACAAGGGUACCGCAGGCAUGUUAUCAACACAAGGUGAGGACUGGUCGAAGUUCCGCUUUAGUGUGAAUCCAGUAAUGAUGCAACCGAAAACUGUGCGUAUGUACUAUCAAAAAAUGUCAGCGGUCAACAAGGAGUUCAUUCAGCGCAUACGUGAUAUUCGCGAUAGCAACACACUUGAAGUUCCCGAAAAUUUUGAGGAGGAGAUCAAUCGUUGGACUCUUGAAUCAGUUUCGGUGGUUGCUUUGGACAAGCAGUUGGGACUGAUAAAUGCUAAUCGCAACGAUCCGAAGGCGAAGAAGCUUUUUGAAGCACUCUAUGUUUUCUUUGAGAUAUCGGGUGAUCUUGAAAUGAAGCCUACGAUUUGGCGUUACGUUGCCACGCCCAAAUUCAAAAAGCUUAUCAGUGCCUUGGACGAGAUCCAGGAGAUAACAUCUGGCUAUGUUAACGAAGCACUUGAGCGACUACAACGCGAGCCCUCCGACAAACCAGAUCACGAAAAGAGUGUGCUGGAAAAACUGUUAAAAACCAACGAACAGAUAGCCAUAGUUAUGGCUAUAGACAUGCUCAUAGCUGGCGUGGAUACGACAACAACCGUAUUAACAGGUGUUCUUCUCUCUCUGUCUAAAAACCCGGAGAAACAAGAGAAACUGCGUGAGGAAAUUCGUCAAAUCUUGCCAAACAAGGAUUCCGAAUUCACAGAAGCCUCCAUGAAGAAUAUGCCGUACUUACGGGCUGUUAUCAAGGAAUCGCUGCGCCUCUACCCCUUAGCAUUGGGCAACGGUCGUGUAAUCAAAUCGGACCUAGUGCUUAAUGGAUACCAGGUGCCCAACAAAACACAGAUUACAAUGCUAUCUACGGGCUUGCUCACCGAUAAUGAUCACUAUCCCAGAGGUAAAGAGUUCUUGCCUGAACGAUGGAUGCGUCCAAGCAAAGAAGCCGCCGCAAAUGGAGAAUGCCCGCACGCUCUUAAAGCGAGCAGCCCAUUUAUCUACUUGCCCUUUGGAUUUGGCCCACGAAUGUGCAUCGGAAAACGCAUUGUCGAAAUGGAGCUAGAACUGGGCAUCGCACGCCUUAUUCGAAACUUCAAUGUUGAGUUUAAUUAUCCCACAGAAAAUGCAUUCAAGAGCGUUCUUAUAAAUACGCCUAAUAUACCACUGAAAUUCAAGUUUACGGAUGUAAAAGACUAACAAAAUACUGACAUCGUCGGUUAAUAAUAUGCUUUGUAAUUUAUAAUACCUUUUCCUAUUAUAUAACUUGUAAUAUAUUCUUUCAUAAUAUGAUAUAUACUGCUGCAUGCUAUCAAUAAA